AUGAGUUGGACAAAGUCCGGGAAAAACGGGUCGACUAUCCGGGGCGACGAACUUCCGCCGUAUCCAAACCGGGAUUUCGUUCGGAAAACGAGUGUGGCGUCGCGACUCCCGAUAAAAUCCGGACAGCGUCAGGAAGGAUCCGAGACAGCGAGGUUAAGUUCAGGAAGACGGAACAACUCAAGGGCAGAGAGGCCAACUCCAGUCCAGGAACCGGGAAAAACCGCGCACAAGCGACCUCGGAAGAAACGUGGAACCACAGGGCCCUUUUUUCUUCCGCUAUCUGUGCUGGCACCAUCAGCACCACAGGCCUUUUAUCCACAAGUGCGACGACCGACAGUACCAGCUACGGCCAGCGAGAGCCAAUACGGUGUCCGGGAAGGCGCUAGCAGCGCAACAGGUGCUCCGAAAAGGAGUGUGGCAACCGGCAGCAUCGGCGAGAGACGCGACAGGGUCGCGAGAGGCAAAAUAUCGCCCGGCAGAGGCUCCAUCGGCACGGCAGGUGCUCUAAGAACGAGCGUGGUGACCGGCAGCACCGGUUACGCUCGACGAGAAACGCGACGGGGUCGCGGGAGGCAAACUAUUGUCCGGCAGAGGUGCCGUCGGCAUAGCAGGUGCUCCGAAAAGGAGUGUGGCGACCAGCAGCAUCGGCGUGAGACGCGACAGGGUCGCGGAAAGCAGAAAAUAUCAUCCGAAAGAGGCGCUAGCGGUGCGAGAGGUGCGCCAAAAUCGAACGUGGCAACCGGUAGGAUCGGUUACGCUCGGCAAGCAGACGCGACAAGGUUGCCUGAGGCGAGGCAUUGUCCGGAAGAGGAGCCAGCAGCACAACAGGUGCGCCAAAAUCGAGCGUGGUGCUCGGCAGCGCCGAUUGCGCUCGGCAAGCAGACGCGGCAGUCGCGUGAGGCAAGGCAUUGUCCGGAAGAGGCGCCAGCAGCACGACAGGUGCGCCAAAAUUGUGCGCUGCGACCGGCAGCACCAGCUACUCUCAGGUGAGAGGCGACGAAGCGUCCGGAAGAGGCGCUAUCAGUAACAAGGCGCGCUUCAGGAUCAAGUGUGGGGGCCAGCAGCUUCGCUUGCACUCGAGCAAGACCCGACAGAGUCGCGUGAGGCGAAACAGUGUCAGAAGAGGCACUAUCGGAAUCAACACCAUCGAACGCUGGGCUCAGCCAUUUCGGUUGCGCUCCGACGAGGCGCGACAGGGUCGCGUGUGGCGGCCUCCGCCUCCUACGGAAGAGCAGCACUAGUGGAGGAUCGCGCAAGCAUGAGGCGACGCUGCGAGACGAGCAACAGGUCCCGGGUGAUAACCCCAACGAAGCGUGCUGUUUCACGGCUUCAGCUACAGGCGUACUGUUGACAGAGCUUCCGGCAAAAUCCUACCGAUUGAUAGAAGCGGCAGUGGAAAACAAGCCGUCAGGAAUGUAUCUGUUAUGUUCAAAACAAGCGUGUAACAACUUUCGGUAAAAUGGGAAAUGGGAGUUGUUUUUGACAUUUCUUACGCACACGUGCUGAGCGUGUACAGAUGAGACGGGCCAAUUAACCUCUAAAACUCUCGGUACAAAAAACGGGCAACUGGUCGACAAACAUGGUCGAUUUCGAGGUUAAUGUUCCCAAAAAUGAAAAGUGUUUGUGAAACAACCAGCAUAAUAUCACGAACACUACUAGCGGCAAAUAGGACUAUUCAGAGCAGAUUCUCUCUGAGAAUCAUUCGAGCCAGGGACCUAGAAAUGUACUCAACAGGAUUAAUACAAUCACUUCUCGUUUGGCUUGCAA